CGCCGCCAGCAACUCGCGCGACGUCGCGUUGCGCCUCAUGCCGCACGCAACCAUGCCCUCGCCGGGCUUCCAGGCCCUGAUCCUCUGCGGCCCCGGCGUGUCCCUCGACACCUUCACGUCCAGCCCAAAGGAUUUCCCCAAAGCCCUGGUCCCGAUCGCCAAUAGGCCCAUGGUGUGGUAUCCGCUGGAGUGGUGCUACAGGAUGGGAAUCACAAACAUCACGCUCAUCACGCCCCCCGAAUCCGCCGACGCGCUCGAGGCCGCCCUCUCCCAGAACCCGCACCUGACGUCGCUGCCCUCGCCCAAACCCGACAUCCUCGCGCCCGCGGACCUGACGCAGACGACGGGAACUGGAGACCUGCUGCGGCUGCCAGCCGUGGCCAACACCAUCACCGGCGACUUUGUCGUGCUGCCAUGCGACCUGAUCUGCGAGCUCGACGGGGCCAGCCUGCUGGAGUCGUGGAUGGUGGAGCAGGCCGGGCUGGGCGAGGCCACGGGCGGCCCCGACAACAAGGAGACGCUGCACCUGAGCACGGGCGGGGAGAAGAUUGGGCGGCGCGGCGGCCUGGGCGUGUGGUACCCGACCAAGGGCGCCGACGCCGUCAAGGGCGAGGAGACGGACUUCAUCGCGACGACGCCGCUGCCCGCGCCCGUCGUCGCGCCCCCGCCGGGCUCGCUGCGCCCCGCCCUCGCCAACCUCGUCUACUCCAUCCCGACCGACGUCAUGAAGGACAUCACCGAGGAGAACCGCCAUUUCCCCAUCCGCCACUCGCUGCUGCGCAAGCACGCCCGCGUCCGCAUGCUCACGACGCACCGCGACGCGCACAUCUACUUCUUCCCCUACUGGACGCUGGACAUGCUGAAGAAGAACGAAAAGUUCGACAGCAUCAGCGACGCGCUAGGCUGGUGGGCCAAGGCAGGGUGGCAGGACGGGCUGGGCGAGAAGCUAGCGCUGCGCGAGGUGCUGCAGCCCGACGACGACUCGGCCGGCGACGACACGAUGAUGAUGCAGAGCGGCAUGCUGAACGACGAAGUGGACAUCGCCAGCCUCAGCAGCACAGCCGUGACGCGGCCCGCGCCCGGCUCCGCCGACGCGCUCAAGGCGUUUGCGACGCGCGUGCGCGACGCCUCGGACCCGGCCAUCGCGCUGGCCGUGACGGCCGCGGAGCCGGCGCUGACGGUCCCGCCCAUCCACGCGUACGUGCACCCAUCAGUUGGGGCGCAGCCACUAGUCCGACGCGUCGACACCGCAGCACUACUACUGAACAUCUCACUGCGGCUGGCAAAACUCCCCUCAGUCGAAGAAGUCGGCAAGAGCGCCGCCUCGCCAUUCGCGCACCCAGCCAAGAUCGCGCACCCAGAAGCGGUGCCGAAGCGGUGCCGGGUCGAGGCCGAGAACAGCCUGGUAGCCGAGAACGUAUCGAUAGCCGAGAAGUGCAACGUCAAGGAGUGCGUGAUUGGCGCGAACUGCACGAUUGGGGUCGGGGCGCGGCUGCAGCGCUGCCUGCUGAUGGAGGGGGCCGAGGUGGGCGAGAACUGCCAGCUCACGGGGUGCGUGCUGGGCAGGAGGUGUAGGAUUGAGGGCGGGGCGGCCAAGGGCGACGAGCGCACCGUUUUGAAGGACUGCGAGGUCCAGGAGGGCCAUGUCGUGGAGUGGGGCAAGGAAUGGAAAGACGAGAAAUUCAAGCGCUUCGGCGGGCUCGCCGACGACGACGACGACGACGACGGCGGGCCGGAUGCAUUUGGCGGUGAUUCGGGCGACGAUGCCGACGCUGAUCUCCUGCAGCCGGAGCAUGCCGGGGAUUCGAUGCGGUAGAUGGAGGGGAAGGAAUUAG